AUGAGGGAGAACGUCAAUGGGAAAAUGAAUAUAAGAGAUGUACAGAAGCUGAAUUACCUUGAUCGAUGCAUCAAAAAGUGUCUGCGAUUGUAUCCUGGUGUGCCCACAUUCGGUCGGAAAUCAACUGAAGACAUACAACUCCAAACUUGUUUCAUACCUAAAGGAGUUACGGUAACUCUUCAAGCUUUCGAUACGCAUCGAGAUCCACAUUACUGGCCUCAUCCAAAUGUCUUCGAUCCUGACAGAUUUUUACCAGAAAAUUCAAAGGGAAGACAUGCUUUUGCUUACGUACCAUUUAGUGCCGGACCAAGAAACUGUAUUGGGCAAAAAUUUGCAAUGUUGGAAAUGAAAACCGUCAUAGCAGGAUUGCUUCUUAAUUUUCACCUUGAACCAAUGCAGUUGGCAGCUGAUGUACGAAUGAUAACGGGUCUGGUCUUGAGAACUGCGCAUCCAGUGCUUCUCAAAUUUGUUCCAAUUCCUAAAUAA